AUGGCGGAUUUCCUGCCGUCCCGCUCCCUUUUAUCUGUAUGUUUCCCUAACUGUCUGCUUACAAGCGGCGAGGUAGAACAGUUGCGGAAAUCUAAAGAGAUAGAUAAGUGUAUUAAUCGAGAUAAGACCUAUGUCAAAAGGUUAGUUAAGAUCCUAUUACUUGGGGCAGGCGAGAGCGGCAAGUCCACUUUCCUGAAGCAGAUGCGCAUUAUCCAUGGGCAGGACUUCGAUCAGAAGGCCAAAGAAGAUUUCAGAGCCACGAUUUUUAGUAAUGUUAUCAAAGGUAUUCGAGUGUUGGUGGAUGCUCGAGAGAAACUACACAUCCCAUGGGGCAACCCGUCCAACCAGCGGCACGGAGACACCAUGAUGGCGUUUGACACCCGCUCGGUAAUGGCCAACGGUCACGGCAUGGUGGAGCACAAAGUUUUCCAGCACUACCUGCCGUCCAUCCGGGCCCUGUGGGCCGACCGGGGCAUCCAGAACGCCUACGACCGCCGCAGAGAGUUCCAGCUGGGUGAGUCAGUCAAGUAUUUCCUGGACAAUUUGGAAAAGCUCGGCCAGACGGACUACCUCCCCAGCCAACAGGACAUCCUCCUGGCCCGAAAACCCACCAAGGGCAUCCACGAGUACAAUUUUGAGAUAAAGAACGUGCCCUUCAAGAUGGUGGACGUGGGCGGCCAGCGCUCGGAAAGGCGGCGCUGGUUCGAAUGCUUCGACUCGGUCACUUCCAUCCUCUUCCUCGUCUCGUCCUCUGAAUACGACCAGGUGCUGAUGGAGGACCGCCAGACCAACCGGCUGAGCGAGUCGCUCAACAUCUUCGAGACCAUCGUCAACAACCGCGUGUUCAGCAACGUCUCCAUCAUCCUGUUCCUGAACAAGACGGACCUGCUGGAGGAGAAGGUGAAGCAGGUGUCCGUCAGAGACUACUUCCCCGAGUUCUCGGGCGAGCCCGCCAGCCUGGCCGACGUCCAGCGCUUCCUGGUGGAGUGCUUUCGCAAGAAGCGCCGCGAGCAGCAGCAGAAGCCGCUCUACCACCACUUCACCACGGCCAUCAACACGGAGAACAUCCGGCUGGUGUUCCGCGACGUCAAGGACACCAUCCUGCACGACAACCUCAAGCAGCUGAUGCUGCAGUGAGAGGACUGCCGGGGAGACGGGGGUGGGGGGGCCGAGCCAGGCAGAAAAAGCCCCCUCACCCGGAAGGGGGAGCGGGUGGUGUCCCUCUACCCAUCAGCCUCCCUCCUUGACUUUGACUGGCUCCUCACUUUUAAACUUUGACUGUGUGUUCAAGCCACCACUACUACCGCCAUCCCCCCCCCCCCACGCUUGCUCUCUGCCUUACUGAGCGUGUUCACUAUGACUUAUGAAAGGCUCCUGUUGGCUAAGAGCCCCAACCACCCUCUGACCCUUCAAACCACUGUAAACCACUGUAAAUGACCUCUAAGCCCCGCCCAUAUUUCUUCACUGUGUUGCUCUAAUUCACAUCCACACCUUCUUUUCUGUGCUGCUCUGACCACUGUUGUUAGCGAAGGAGUGGGGGAGGGGCUCGUGUUAAACUGGUGUUGCCGAGUAACCGUCUCCAGCGACUGUUGCCAGGUGUCGCCUUCCUCUUCCCAACUUCUUUUGUCUCUGGUUUCCCAAUUGGCUCUCCACUGGCGCUUGGUAACGGCAUCACUGUGGGUUUUUGUCAGUGGAACUAACAACACACUGCCGCCACACGGCGCGCCGUCCCAAGUCCAGACACGUAGCCUUUUAGUACUUUUUAUUGCAACCUUCACCAUUCCUUCCACUCCUGCAGUCACUGGAAAUCAU